AUGGUUCUUCUCCUAGGAGCUUGCCCAGAGUAUGGGUGCUUGGUCUAUGAGUAUAUGUCCAAUGGAAGUUUAGAAGACCGGCUCUUCCAGAGAGGGAACUCUCCAACAAUCCCUUGGCAGCAUAGAUUCCGAAUUGCGGCUGAAAUUGGCACUGGCCUGCUUUUCCUCCACCAGACCAAACCAGAGCCACUCGUGCACCGUGAUCUAAAACCUGCCAAUAUCUUGCUUGACCACAACUAUGUCAGCAAGAUCAGUGAUGUUGGCUUGGCGAGGCUUGUCCCUCCUUCUGUAGCAGAUACUGUUACUCAAUAUCGGAUGACUUCCACUGCCGGGACUUUCUGCUAUAUUGAUCCAGAGUAUCAACAAACGGGAAUGCUCAGUGUAAAAUCUGACAUUUACUCUAUGGGGAUCAUUUUCCUACAGCUAAUAACGGCCAAGCCACCAAUAGGGUUGACUCACCAUGUUGAAAGGGCUAUUGAAAGAGGAACUUUUGCUGAGAUGUUGGAUCCAGCCUUGCCUGACUGGCCAAUUGAAGAAGCCUUAAGUCUUGCAAAGGUGGCACUCAAAUGUGCUGAGCUAAGACGGAAAGACCGGCCGGAUCUUGGGAACGUUGUCCUGCCAGAGCUAGAAAGAUUGAGAGCAAUUGCAGAAGAGAACAUGUGGCAGUCCAUGUCGUACAGUGCUGGUACUUCGCCCAACCAUAGUCAAGUUUCCAUGUCCCAAGUAAGUUGAGAUUACUUAAAGUCAAACCUCCAAGUUCAU